AUGAACUAAUCGUGUUGGCAAUAGCUAUUUGAACAUAAUCAUAUACGUUUUUUUUCUUCUAUUUUUACAGGUUCUGAUGCUGGCAUCUCUGACUUUUACAUUACUUGAAGGAAAGAAACACAAGCCAGGGGACAAGGCCAGUUUGUCUGAGAACUCUCACAAUGUCUAAGACCAGAGAGUCGGUGAAGGUGGUGGUCCGCUGUCGGCCCAUGAAUGAGAAGGAGCGUGCAGCCAACUUUGAGAGGGUGGUGGAGGUGGAUGUGGAGCUUGGCCAGGUGGCCGUGAGAAACCCCCGGGGCGCUGCAGCCCACCAACACCCCAAGGUCUUUACAUUUGACUCUGUGUAUGACUGGAACUCCAAACAGGUGGAUCUCUAUGAUGAAACCUUCAGGCCUCUGGUGGACUCUGUCUUGCUUGGUUUCAAUGGGACCAUAUUUGCGUACGGCCAGACAGGUACAGGAAAGACCUACACUAUGGAGGGGGUGCACAGUGACCCAGAGAGAAGGGGUGUAAUCCCCAAUUCCUUUGAGCACAUCUUCACACACAUCUCCCGCUCCCAGAACCAGCAGUACCUGGUGAGGGCCUCUUACCUGGAGAUCUACCAAGAGGAGAUCAGGGACCUGCUUUCCAAGGACCAGUCCUGCCGUCUGGAGCUGAAAGAGAGGCCAGACACGGGUGUAUACGUCAAGGACCUCUCCUCCUUCGUCACUAAGAGUGUACGAGAAAUAGAGCACGUCAUGAACGUGGGGAACCAGAACCGCUCGGUGGGCUCCACCAAUAUGAAUGAGCACAGUUCCCGGUCACAUGCCAUUUUCGUCAUUACCAUUGAGUGCAGCGAGAUGGGCGUCGACGGAGAGAACCACAUUCGAGUGGGCAAACUGAACCUGGUGGACCUGGCUGGUAGUGAGAGGCAGACCAAGACAGGAGCCCAGGGAGAGCGCCUGAAGGAAGCCACCAAGAUCAACCUGUCCCUGUCAGCCUUGGGGAAUGUCAUCUCUGCCCUGGUGGACGGCAGGAGCACCCACAUCCCCUACCGCGACUCCAAGCUCACCCGCCUGCUGCAAGACUCCCUGGGGGGCAAUGCCCGCACAGUCAUGGUGGCUAACAUCGGACCAGCCUCUUACAACGUGGAGGAGACACUGACCACAUUACGCUACUCAAACCGGGCCAAGAACAUCAAGAACAAGCCCCGCGUCAACGAGGACCCCAAAGAUGCUCUGCUCAGAGAGUUCCAGGAAGAGAUUGCCCGGCUCAAAGAGCAGUUAGAGAAACGCUCAGGGAAGAAGAGGAGGAGGAGGAGGGUUGGAGAAGCUGGGGAAGAGCUAGAAGAGGACACGGAGGAUGGAGAGACGGAGGAUGAUGAUGAUGGUGUAGAACCAUCUGAUAAAGUGGGUGCGGAUUAUUGGCGUGAACAGCAGGAGAAGUUGGAGAGGGAGAGGAAGGCUAUCAUGGAGGAUCACAGUCUAGUGGCGGAAGAGAAACAGAGGCUGCUAAAAGAGAAGGCGAGGAAGAUGGACGCCCUCAAAAGGGAGCAGGAAGCAGGCGAGAUGCUGACUGCCAAAGUCAAGGUGAGGAGAUUACAUUCUUGUCCUUUUCACCCCAACAUUCUCUUUUUCAUUCUAUAUGUGUGUUUCUCUCAAACCUCUUGAUUGUGUCCUCUCCCAGACGAUGGAGAGUAAGCUUCUGGUGGGGGGGAAGAACAUUGUGGACCACACCAAUGAGCAACAAAGGAUCCUCGAACAGAAACGACAGGAAAUAGCUGAACAGGUAAUAUGUAUGUAUGUAUGUAUGUAUGGACUUUAUUGAUGGAGAGAAUUGAACACUAGACAAUCUAAUAGUAUUGAUUUGCCAUCUGAUGGGAAGAGUUAAACGAUUUAUGUGAGUAGUGUACUUUGUGGGAUUACAUAGCCUUGCCCUUCUUACUGAGAGGCUCUCUCUGUGUGUGUGUGUGUGUGUGUGUGUGUGUGUGUGUGUGUGCAGAAACGCAGAGAGAGGGAGAUGCAACAGCAGGUGGAGAAUCGUGAUGAGGAGACCCUGGAGUUGAAGGAAACAUACAGCUCUCUACAGCAGGAAGUGGACAUCAAGACCAAGAAGCUGAAAAAGGUAGGAGAUCAGGAACUGUAGCAAAAGAGUGCACAUGAUUCAGUAGACCGCUAUCCUUUACGUUGUCAUUUUACAUGAGAGUUCAAAGGAGAUUGUGCAUGUCACAAUGUGUUCAGUGUUCUUUGGCGCUUGGUACAUUUAGUUUGUUACACUGAAACAAACAGCAUGAUGUUUUGUCUCCUCUUGUCCAUCUGUUUUCCUCCCCUCAGCUGUUUGCCAAGCUGCAGGCAGUGAAAAAUGAGAUCCAUGAGGUCCAGGAGUUGCACAUCAAGGACAGACAGGAGCUGGAGCAGACCCAGAACGAGUUGACCAGGGAUCUCAAACUCAAGUAUGGAGUCCGCCAGGCCACCAGCCUCAGACGCUAUAAAAAAAAAAAAAGUCAAUGUAAUCUAUUUUGGUUGUUGCCCUCUGACAAAGAGCACAUUGCUGGAAUAAACAUGAUUGAUUUUAGCUUUGACCUGGAUUUGGCCUUGAAUAUCAGGAAGAAACAUAGAGUUGGUCUAGAUUAGGUAUUGUACUGUGGUUCCCUCAUCCCCCAUGACUGCCUAGGCAUCCUCCUAUUAUCAAUGAUGGUAUCCUCAGGCCGUUAAGACGUCCCCUGUCAGCAGCACAGCAGAUCUGACCUCGUUAUUCUGUCUGCCAGGCAUCUCGUCAUUGUUAUUCUGUCUGGAAUAGUAUAAAGGCUCCAGGCUCUGUCGUAGCCGGCCGCGACCGGGAGACCCAUGGGGCGGCGCACAAUUGGCCCAGCGUCGUCUAGGGUAGGGGAGGGAAUGGCCGGCAGGGAUGUAGCUCAGUUGGUAGAGCAUGGCGUUUGCAACGCCAGGGUUGUGGGUUCGAUUCCCACGGGGGGUAUGAAAAAAACAAAAAACUGUAAGUCGCUCUGGAUAAGAGUGUCUGCUAAAUGACAAAAAAGUAAAGUAAAAGUAAUCCUUCUACCCCCUCCCCCACCCCCCCAUUAAAAAAAAAAAAAAAAAAAACUGGCUAUCAUAAGUUGAAUGCACCAAUUUGUAAGUCACUCUGGAUAAGAGCAUCUGCUAAAUGACGUAAAUGUCUGCCAGGCAUCUCGUCAUUGUUAUUCUGUCUGCCAGGCAUCUCAUCAUUGUUAUUCUGUCUGCCAGGCAUCUCGUCAUUGUUAUUCUGUCUGCCAGGCAUCUCGUCAUUGUUAUUCUGUCUGCCAGGCAUCUCGUCAUUGUUAUUCUGUCUGCCAGGCAUCUCAUCAUUGUUAUUCUGUCUGCCAGGCAUCUCGUCAUUGUUAUUCUGUCUGCCAGGCAUCUCAUCAUUGUUAUUCUGUCUGCCAGGCAUCUCGUCAUUGUUAUUCUGUCUGCCAGGCAUCUCGUCAUUGUUAUUCUGUCUGCCAGGCAUCUCGUCAUUGAGAACUUCAUCCCCAUGGAGGAGAAGAAUAAGAUCGUGAACAGGGCGUUCAUCGAGGAGGAGGACGACAACUGGAAGAUGCGUCCCAUCACACGCAUAGAGGAGUAUGUGCACAUGAAUGAUGCAGUAGACAGACGUUUAGACAUACACAUGGUCAAAUACGCAUACGAACACGCUGCAAUAAUGCAUACAUGCACAGGGUUUGACCUAAGUGGUUGGCAAAUCCCUCGUGUAGGAGGGAACACAUACAAAUUGUAUGCCUUUGAUAACCCUCAUCAAAAGACAGCCAUACAAUUUGUUAUAACUCUCUCAGUGACCAGCAGAUGAUGACCAGGCCAGUGUCAGCGGUGGGCUACAGAAGACCCCUGAGCCAGCACGCCCGCACCUCCAUGGUGAUGAGGGCUGACGUCAGAUACAAGGUAUCUUCUUUAUCCUCUCUGUCCUUCUCCUCUGCUCUCUGUCCCUCCCUGUGUCUGGUGAAUGUGACUCAGGCCUUGUCCUCUGAUUGGUAGCAGUUUCCUGACAUCUGACCCUCCUCUCUCUCUCUCGGUCUCUCUCUCUCUCUCGGUCUCUCUCUCUCUCUCGGUCUGUCUCUCUCUCUCUCUCUCUCUCUCUCUCUCUCGGUCUGUCUCUCUCUCUCUCUCUCUCUCUCUCUCUCUCUCGGUCUGUCUCUCUCUCGGUCUGUCUCCCCAGGCUGAGAAUAUCCUGAUGCUGGGGAUGGACCUGCCCGCUCGGACCACUAAGGAGUAUGAGGAGCCGGUCUUAGCACCCACAGUAGCAGCAGCGUUGGAGGAUGCACUGCGGGAAGAGGAUGAGAUCCAGGUGGAUGCCUCCGGAUUCCACAGCGGCCUCGGGCCCACCAGCACUGGGGCAGUCAAGAAACCAAAGUCUGGGUAAGGCUCUGUCCCAUUCAGUACAAAUAAUCAAAUCAAUUUGUAUUUGUCACACGCUUCGUAAACAACAAUUGUAGACUUUCCAACAAUGCAAAAAAAUAAAUAAAAUAAGGGAAAUAGUAGAAAAAUAAUAACACAAGGAAUAAAUAUACAAUGAGUAAUGAUCGCUUGGCUAUAUACACGGGGUACCAGUACCGAGUCGAUGUACAAGAUAGAGGUAGAUAUGUACACGAAAUACACAAGUAUGUGGACACCCCUUCAAAUUAGUCGAUUCUGAUAUUUCAGCCACACCCGUUGCUGACAGGUGUAUAAAAUUGAGUACACAACCAUGCAAUCUCCAUAGACAAACAUUGGCAGUAGAAUGGUCUUACUGAAGAGCUCAGUGACUUUCAACGUGUCAUCGUCAUAGGAUGCCACCUUUCCAACAAGUCAGUUUGUCCAAUUUUUGUCCUGCUAGAGCUGCCACGGUCAACUGUAAGUGCUGUUAUUGUGAAGUGGAAACGUCUAGGAGCAACAACGGCUCAGCCGUGAAGUGGUAGGCCACACAAGCUCUCAGAACGGGACCGCUGAAGAACAUAACGCAUAAAAUUGUCUUCGGUUCCAACACUCACUACCGAGUUCCAACACUCACUACCGAGUUCCAACACUCACUACCGAGUUCCAAACUGCCUCUGGAAGCAACGUCAGCACAAGAACUGUUCGUCGGGAGCUUUAUGAAAUGGGUUUCCAUGGCCGAGCAGCCGCACACAAGCCUAAGAUCACCUUGCGCAAUGCCAAGCGUCGGCUGGAGUGGUGUAAAGCUCGCCGCCAUUGGACUCUGGAGCAGUGGAAACGUGCUCUCUGGAGUGAUAAAUCACGCUUCACCAUCUGGCAGUCCGACGGACUAAUCUGGGUUUGGCGGAUGCCAGGAGAACGCUACCUGCCCCACUGCUUAGUGCCAACUGUAAAGUUUGGUGGAGGAGGAAUAAUGGUCUGGGGCUGUUCUUCAUGGUUCGGGCUAGGACCCUUAGUUCCAGUGAAGGGAAAUCUUAACGCUACAGCAUACAAUGACAUUCUAGAUGAUUCUGUGCUUCCAUCGUUGUGGCCCUUUCCUGUUUCAGCAUGACAAUGCCCCCGUGCACAAAGUGAGGUCCAUACAGAAAUUAUUUGUCGAGAUCGGUUUGGAAGAACUAGACUGGCCUGCACAGAGUGCUGACCUCAACCCCAUCGAACACCUUUGGGAUGAAUUGGAACGCCGACUGCGAGCCAGGCCUAAUCGCCCAACAUCAGUGCCCGACCUCACUAAUGCUCUUGUGGCUGAAUGGAAGCAAGUCCCCGCAGCAACUCCAUAUUAAUGGUUUUGGAAUUAGAUGUUCGAUGAGCGGGUGUCCACAUACUUUUGUUAAUGUAGUGUACAUAUAACUAGGAAUAAAGUGACUAGGCAACAGGAUAGAUAAUAAACCGUAACCGCAGCGCAUGAGAUGAGUCAAAAGAGUUGGUGCAAAAAGGGUCAAUGCAGAUAGUCCGGGUAGCUAUUUGGUUAACUAUUUAACUAAAUAUUUUGCAGUCUCAUGGCUUGGGGGUAGAAGCUGUUCAGGGUCCUGUUGGUUCCAAAUUUAGUGCAUUAGUACCACUUGCCGAGUGGUAGCAGAGAGAACAGUCUAUAACUUGGGUGGCUGGAGUCUUUGACAAUUUUUAGGGCCUUCCUCACACCGCCUGGUAUAGAGGUCCUGGAUGGCAGGGAGCUCGGCUCCAGUGAUGUACUGGGCCGUACACACUACCCUCUGUAGCGCCUUGCGGUCGGAUGCCAAGCAGUGAUGCAGCCAGUCAAGAUGCUCUCAAUGGUGCAGCUGUAUAACUUUUAGAGCAGGUGUGUCAAACUCAUUUUAGCUCAGGGGCCACAUGGAGGAAAAUCUAUUCCCAAGUGGGCCGGACCGGAAAAAUCAUGGUAUAUAUAUAACUUAAAAACAACAACUUCAGAUUGUUUUCUUUGUUUUAAUACGAUCAACAUACAACAUAAAGCUGGAGCCUGAGGACAGUGUGUCCAAAAUAGUACAAGCACAACAUCACUAUUAAUCAUAAAACACGUCAAGUUUAUUUGAAAAUUCUAAAGAAAAAGAACACACAAACACACAAUGCCUCAGUGAUUAACAGAACUGUUUCACAGAUCACAGAACUAUAUCAGGGUGUCAUUUCUCAGGCAGAAAUGUAGAUAAAAAUAAUGAAAUCCUCUUCCCCAAACAAGUGCAAGAACCACAGAGUCAAGAAUAGGUUAAAUAUACAAAUAAAAUCAAUUAAAAACAAUAGCACAUCAACAUAAAAACAUAUAAACAUAAAUCUGAAAGCAUUGCUCAAACUCCCGUAACAGUCCCGUUAUUUUAUCUUUGAACCGCUUCAUGUCUGCCACAUGUUGGGUCGCGCACACAUUUUUCAGACAGGGGAAGUGAGCUGCAUCACCACCGGCAAGUUGCGUCUCCCACAAUGACAGCUUCAACUUGAAAGAACGUAUGCUGUCAUAAUACUGCGUGACAACUUUGUUGCGCCCUUGCAGCUGUUUGUUCAAGUUAUUCAGGUGCUCUGUAACAUCCACCAUAAAUGCAAGGUCCUGCAUCCAUUCUGCGGAAUGAAAUUCUAACACUGGUUUGCCCUUUUCUUCCAUGAACUGUUCAAUUUCUUCUCGUAAAUCAAAGAAACGCCUCAGCACAGCACCUCGGCUUAACCAUCUUACCUCAGUGUGGUAUGGCAGGCCAUAGAUGUGGUCUUUCUCUCUGAGAAGGCUGUCAAACUGACGGUGAUUCAGGCUUCUGGAUCGGAUGAAAUGAACAGUUUGGAUGACCACCUUCAUGACGUUAUCCAUCUUUAAUUACUUGCAACACAAAGCCUCCUGGUGCAAAAUACAGUGAAAAGUCAAAAAAUCACGUCCUCCAUUUGCAGAUUGCACUUUCUCUCUGAACUUUGUCACAACGCCUGCUUUUUUCCCGAUCAUUGAGGGCGCACCAUCUGUAGCCAGGCUGACAGCGCGGGACCAGUCCACUCCGACCCUGUCCAGCGCGCCGACGAGAGCGGUAAAAAUAUCAGCUGCUGUCGUUGUAUCUGUCAUCGGCACCAACUCCACGAACUCCUCGGUGACGGUCAAUGUGUCAUCAACUCCGCGGAUGAAAAUGGCCAGUUGUGCAACAUCUGUAAUGUCUGUGCGUUCAUCAAUUGCAACCGAAAACGCAAUAAAUGACUUUACUUUUUGCUUCAACUGGCUGUCCAAAUCCACUGAAAGAUCGGAAAUCCUGUCUGCAACUGUGUUUCUUGUCAGGCUGAUAUUUGCAAAAGCCUGCCGUUUUUCAGGGCACACAAUCUCCGCUGCCUUCAUCAUGCAUGUUUUUACAAAUUCACCCUCACUAAAUGGUUUUGAAGCCACUGCGAUUUCAUUAGCAAUGAGGUAGCUAGCUUUCACUGCAGAGUCACUGAUGUCUCGGCUGUGAGUAAACACAGACUGCUGUUUCUUCAGACCCGCCAACAGUUCAUUCACCUUCUCUCAUCUCCGCUGUCCUUGAAAGUUGUCAUAUUUGUCGGCAUGAAGACUCACAUAGUGGCGACGAAGGUUAUAUUCUUUCAGCACUGCAACAUGCUCUGAACACACCAAACAUACAGCUUUCCCAUUCAAUUCCGUGAAUAAAUAGGAUGACAAUUUUUCUUGGAACACUCUGCACUCUGCGUCCACUUUUCUCUUUUUUGACAGAGACAUAUUGGGGCAGUGAGGGUGCCAAAGCACAUAAUGUUAAAAGUAGAAGCCGUAAUAAAUAUCGCGGGCAAAACAAAGUAGCUCAUUGGCUGCACGUGCUUGACCUACUUGCUCUGCCCCGGUAUAAACAGUUUGCUUGCUUAACACAAUUGCUAUUGCGCCAUCCAGUGGACGCAAUUGGAACAGCAGUUUAUUUUAUUGAAAAAUUGCAGCGCAUUUUUAUACUUUACAAAAAAAAAAAAAUAUAUAUAUAUAUAUAUAUAUAUAUAUAUAUAUAUAUAUAUAUAUAUUUUUUUUUUUUUUCAAAAUCAUCUCGCGGGCCAGAUUAAACCCGUUUGCGGGCCUGAUCCGGCCCGCGGGCCGUACGUUUGACACCCCUGUUUUAGAGGAUCUGAGGGCCCAUGCCAAAUCUUUUCAGCCUCCCUAAUGGGGAAGAGGUAUUGUCGUGCCUUCAUCACGGCUGUUGGUGUGUGUGGACCAUGAUAAUUCCUUAGUGAUGUGGACACCGAGGAAGCUCUCGACCUGCUCCUCUACAGUCCCAUUGACGUGGAUGGGGACGUGUUCGGCCCUCCAUUUCCUGUAGUCCACCAUCCGCUCUUUUGUCUUGCUGACAUUGAAGGAGAGGUUGUGGUCCUGGCACCACUGCUAGGUCUCUGACCUCCUCCCUGUAGGCUGUGUCAUUGUUGUCGGUGAUCAGGCCUACCACCGUGUCGUCGGCAAACCGUGUUGAGGGUCAGCGUGGCGGAUGUGUUGUUGCCUACCCUCACCACCUGGGGGCAGCCCGUCAGGAAGUCCAGGAUCCAGUUGCAAAGGGAGGUGUUUAAUCCCAGGGUCCUUAGCUAGUGAUGAGCUUAGAGGGGAAUAGACUAUGGUGGUGAAGGCUGAGCUGUAGUCAGUUAACAGCAUUCUAACGGAGGUGUUCCUUUUGUCCAGAGGGGUAAGGGAAGUGUGGAGUGCAAUAGAAAUCUAUGGAUCUGUUGGGGCGGUAUGCGAAUUGGAGUGGGUCCAGGGUGAUGAUGUGAGCCAUGACCAGCCUUUCAAAGCAUUUCAUGGCUACUGAUGUGAGUGCUACUGGGCGGUAGUAAUUUAGACAGGUUACCUUGGCGUUCUUGGGCACAGGGACUCUGGUGGUCUGCUUGAAACAUGUAGGUAUUACAGACAGGGAGAGGGGAGAGGUUGAAAAUGUCAUUGAAGACACUUGCCAGCUGGUCAGUGCUUGCUCUGAGUACUCGUCCUGGUAAUCCGUCUUGCCCUGCAGCCUUGUGAAUGCUAACGGGUUUAAAGGUCUUCCUCACAUCGGCUACGGAGAGCGUGAUCACACAGUUGUCCGGAACAGCUGGUGUUGCUAGCCUCGAAGAAAGGUAUUUAGCUCGUCUGGUAGGCUCGCGUCACUGGACAGCUUGCGGCUGUGUUUCUCUUUGAUAUCCGUGAUAGUUUGCAAGCCCUGCCACGUCAGAGCCGGUGUAGUAGGAUUCGAUCUUGGUCCUGUAUUUAUGCUUUGCCAGUUUGAUGGUUCGUCGGAGGGCGUAGCGGGAUUUCUUAUAAGCGUCCGGAUUAGCAUCCUGCUCUUUGGUUGGGUAUUGUACGUACGGUCACUGUGGAGACGACGACGUCAAUGCACUUUAUUAAUGAAUCCGGUGAAUGAUGUGAUAAACUCCACCGUUUCAUCUGAUGAAUCCCGGAACAUUUUAAAGUCUGUUGUAGCAACAUGGUCCUGUAGCGUAGCAUCCGCUUCAUCGGAUGCUUUUCUUGUUUGCUUAUGGCCUUCUACAGCUCGUUGAGUGCGGUCUUAGUGCCAGCAUCGGUUUGUGGUGGUAAAUGGACAGCUACGAAAAAUAAAGAAACUCUCUUGGUAAAUAGUGUGGUCUACAGUAGUGGUGUGCGGGUCAGCUGUUUGUUCACCCGCACGCAAAUGUUAAUAACCCACCCGCAACCGCCUGACUAUAUGUGAAAAUAUGAGGCCCACGCCCGACCCUAACCCGCAAAUAUAGAACAUGUGCUAUAGGCUACAGUCAGAUGGCAGAAUGAGUUUUUGACAGGGGGUGCAGAUAAUUUUUUUGUUGUUGCCUGAUUUAGAUGUUUCUGUUUAUAAUUUCAAACAUUUUGGUAGACUAUUUGUUAGUCAACUUCUCCAUAAUUAGAUGCAUGCGGCAUCUCUUCUGUCAUUAUAUGUUGCCUUAGAAGACUAAAUAAACCCUUGCUCACCAGAAUAAUGUCAUAAAUCGAUAGAAUGAAUGCUUCAAUCUAGUUGACAUCGAUAACGUUUUAUUCUGGGUGGUCCUCUGUAGCUCAGCUGGUAGAGCACGGCGCUUGUAACGCCAGGGUAGUGGGUUCGAUCCCCGGGACCACCCAUACACAGAAAUGUAUGCACGCAUGACUGUAAGUCGCUUUGGAUAAAAGUGUCUGCUAAAUGGCAUAUUAUUAUUGUUAUUUCAUCUGUUUCUUCAUUCCUGGAGCAAAGACGAUUAGGGACUUGGGAGAAAAUGCAAUAAUUUAAAAUAAUGUCCAAAUGACAUCAGUUUGACCGCUUGUAAGGAAAUAGAUAGCUGUGGAACCGACCCAACAUGUUUCUGAUAAGAGUUCAGUUUGGCCCUGAUGCAUAUUUUAUGUGGUUUAAAUACUAUACGCUUUUAUGACGCAGAUAAAGAUAGUACCUCUACAGACAGUCCCUAACUGAGCAUUCGCAUUCUCUCAAGAUGCUGAAAGAAAUCAGAUUUUUUCCACUCCUGUUUCCGAGUCAAAAUUUUGCUGCAAGAAAUGCUUAAUUCUGCAGUAGUUAGCCUUAAUAAUAAUAAUAUUAAUAAUAAUAAUAUGUGAGAGGUUAUAGACCUACAGUCGGUGGCCAGAUUUCAGUUUCCAUUUAACCCAUCUAAACAGUAGGCUACAGCUCCCUUGACAUGCCAUAGGCCUAGUUGACGUCCCCCUCUAUCACGCAUAACUACCAUCCUCUUUUACCGCUUCACCAAAUCUUUCCCAAACAUUACUUUUCUGGCCCUCCCUUCUCUUUAUUUUCAACUCUCCUUUUCACAGUUUUUCUCUUAUUGAAUUAAACUCCGACAUUGUCCUUUUUGCCUCCAUGGAUUGAAGUUCACGUUGUCUGUCCGUAUCUGAAAGCAUUUGGCGAUUGGCGUGAAGGCUAUUUACGCGUACAGUUAGGCCCUAAAGCUUAGGUUUACGCACUAAUACCAGAACCUAAAAUAAUGAAAUAAAAACUUCAAUGUAGCUUAUAGAUAUGAAUUAUACAUUCAUGGAAUUCAAUGUAUUGUGUUUUCUUUGUAUUCAACCCGCCGCCACCCACCCGCCCUUCAUCCACACAAUAUUUCAUGACUCUAAACCAAUCCGCCCUGCGGAUUUAACCACGUUGACUGCGGGUUGAGUCAACCCAUGCAGCACUAGUCUACAGCUUGUCAUGAGGUAUUGUAACUCAGGCGAGUAGAACCGCCAGACUUUCUAAAUAUUAGAGAUCGUGUUUCUGUUAACAAAUAGAGAUCUUCCCCGACGUCACCAUUCUCUCCUGCCAAGAUGUUAUAUUGUCCUUGUUCAGCCACAACUCGGAGAAACAGGAUAUUACAGUUGUUCAGGUCCCGUUGAUAAGAUAGUCUUGAACGGCGCUCAUCCAGUGAAGUGAGGGUAGAGGCACUUUAUCCGCUCUCCGACGUAGUCUCGUCAGGUGUUGUGCACACUGGCCUCUAUAGCGCCGUCUCCUCCUCCUUUUGAGUGUCGGGGAUUUGGGCCUGGUCCGCGACAAUCAGUCUUUCACCUCCGACUCAUUGAAGUAGAAGUCGUCGUCCAAAUGGAGGUUAGUGACUGCUGUUCUGAUCUCCAGAAGCUAUUUUCUGUCAUAGGAAACGAUGGCGGAAACUUUAUGUACAGAAAAAGUUAAGAUCGGUGCAAAGAAAUACACAAAAUAGCACAAUUGGUCAGGAGCCUGUAAAACGACCACUAUUCCCUCCAGCGCCAUUCUGGGUUUUGUUCCCCGUUAUUUUCAAUAGGGAGGGUUUCUGCCUGUUUAGUGUCACGGGUCUACUCGAUAUCACAGGGUUUAUAAAGCAAUAAUCAUAAGCAAAUUUAGAAGCCAUCCAAUGAUUUUUCCACAUCGAUGUCCCCCCCCCCCCCCACAAAAAAUAAAUAAAUAAAUAACAACUUUAUCCUCUUCUCCUCCAACCAGCCGACCUAAAACCGGUAAGAAGACUGGCACCUCUACCUCUCACACCCCCACCUCUCCAUACAGACCCUCCAGCCCAGGACAUCCUUUAUACCCACAAUCCCGUGGGCUGGUGCCCAAGUGAUAACUCCACACCUUUCCUGUUUCUGGACCCAAAAUUGAACAGACUGCUUUUGGUUUUGUUUUUCUACUGAGUCUUGCAGACUGAUUUGUGGAAAGUGAAGGAGACUCAAGACUCUGAUUCCAAGCUGCUUUUAUUUUACCUGAGACCAUAGCUCUUAUCUUUUUUGCUUUUUUGAAGAGAUUUGUAACUACCUUACCAACCCAAAUGGUUACUGCAGUACAAUACUAUGCCAUCUGUGCACGAUGUUCCAGAGACUAGCAGUUGAAUACUACCUUCCCUUAAGUCUGGCCUAAGUCUUAUGUGUCCCACACAUGUUCUCAAUGUAAACCGAUAAGGAUGGUCUCGUCUAGACGAAUCCUUUUUCGAGCUCUAGUUCUCUACAAUGCACGUGUCCUCCUGGGCCCCUCCCAGGUCUGCAGUGUGUGAUGGGAGGAGAUGUGAACAUGUGGGCUGGCAUCUGAAAGGGCAGAUUACACCUGGAUCUAAAUGCUUUGCUGUACAUGUCAAUGACAUGCUGUGUGUGUGUGUGUUUUGUAAGCGUGUCUUUGUGCUGUGCGUCUGUUCUCAAUGUCCCUACUUUUAAGUUUACAAUCUGUUAUGCAGGAGGUCGUUCUGUCUGUACAGAGUUGAGCUUUAAGUCUCUGUCCUAAGUAAGUGGGGAGUGUUUUUUGUGUUUGUACUGCAUGAUGAACUAACUGUAUAGGCUGGAGGGUGAAGCACACUCCAACACGUCUGUCAUGUCACUGCUGGAAUCACUACAUGCUGUUCUUCCUGGAGCACAUACAGUUGAAGUCGGAAGUUUAUAUACACCUUAGCCAAACACAUUUAAACUCAGUUUUUCACAAUUCCUGACAUUUAAUCCUAGUAAAAAUUCCCUGUCUUAGGUCAGUUAGGAUCACCACUUUAUUUUACGAAUGUGAAAUGUCAGAAUAAUAGUACAGAGAAUUAUUUAUUUCAGCUUUUAUUUAUUUCAUCACAUUCCCAGUGGGUCAGACGUUUACAUACACUCAAUUAGUAUUUGGUAGCAUUGCCUUUUAAAUUGUUUAACUUGGGUCAAACUUUUUGGGUAGCCUUCCACAAGCUUCCCACAAUAAGUUGGGUGAAUUUUGGCCCAUUCCUCCUGACAGAGCUGGUGUAACUGACUCAGGUUUGUAGGCCUCCUUGCUCGCACACGCUUUUUCAGUUCUGCCCACAAAUGUUCUAUAGGAUUGAGGUCAGGGCUUUGUGAUGGCCACUUCAAUACCUUGACUUUGUUGUCCUUAAGCCAUUUUGCCACAACUUUGAGAUGUUGCUUCAAUAUAUCCACAUAAUUUUCCUUCCUCAUGAUGCCAUCUAUUUUGUGAAGUACACCAGUCUCUCCUGCAUCAAAGCACCCCCACAGCAUGAUGCUGCCACCCCCGUGCUUCACGGUUGGGAUGGUGUUCUUCGGCUUGCAAGGUCCCCCUUUUUCCUCCAAACAUAACGAUGGUCAUUAUGGCCAAACAGUUCUAUUUUUGUUUCAUCAGACCAGAGGACAUUUCUCCAAAAAGUACGAUAUUUGUCCCCAUGUGCAGUUGCAAACCGUAGUCUGGCUUUUUAUGGCGGUUUUGGAGCAGUAGCUUCUUCCUUGAUGAGCAGCCUUUCAGGUUAUGUCGAUAUAGGAGUCGUUUUACUGUGGAUAUAGAUACUUUUGUACCUGUUUCCUCCAGCAUCUUCACAAGGUCCUUUGCUGUUGUUCUGAGAUUGAUUUGCACUUUUCAUACCAAAGUACGUUCAUCUCUAGGAGACAGAACGCGUCUCCUUCCUGAGCAGUAUGACGGCUGCGUGGUCUCAUAGUGUUUAUACUUGCGCACUAUUGUUUGUACAGAUGAACAUGGUACCUUCAGGCGUUUGGAAAUUGCUCCAAAGGAUGAACCAGACUUGUGGAGGUCUACAACUUUUUUUCUGAGGUCUUGGCUGAUUUCUUUUGAUUUUCCCAUGAUGUCAAGCAAAGAGGCACUGAGUUUGAAGGUAGGCCUUGAAAUACAUCCACAGGUACACCUCCAAUUGACUCAAAUGAUGUCAAUUAGCCUACCAGAAGCUUCUAAAGCCAUGACAUCAUUUUCUGGAAUUUUCCAAGCUGUUUAAAGGCACAGUCCCACUUCUGACCCACUGGAAUUGUGAUAUAGUGAAUUAUAAGUGAAAUAAUCGGUCUGUAAACAAUUGUUGGAAAAAUUACUUGUCAUGCACAAAGUAGAUGUCCUAACCGACUUGCCAAAAGUAUAGUUUGUUAACAAGAAAUUUGUGGAGUGGUUGAAAAAACGAGUUUUAAUGACUCCAAUUGAAGUGUAUGUAAACUUCCGACUUCAACUGUAUGAUGACAGGGAUAUGGAAGUGGGGAACUAGAGGUCAACACAAGCCAAAUCUAUCAGGGUCCUAAGGUGCCUUCGAUUCUCCUACAGGCCUACAGCGGCUGGCUAAAGGAGAGGCAGGGAGGUGUAUCGUUGCCCCAUCUUUAACGAGUGUUCCUUGGAAUCAACUGAUUUGUUAUACCUUUAAACGUUCUACCUACUAUGUCAGAGGCCUCAAUCAAAAUGAAAUGGACUUGGUCUGAAAAAAUGAAGGUAGCUUUCCUUGUAUGUUUUGGAUAAAUACGCAGUCUUAAUUCACUGUUUUAAACCUGCAUCUCUCUGAGCACUGUCCCCACUCCUGCUCUGCUACGGCAGGGUUGUACUGCAGGUAUGUCCAUAGAUAGUCUUGCAGUUGUGUAAAAAAAAAAAAAGUAUAUGGGGUUUGAAUACUGAAAAAGGUCUAACUUAUCACCUCUGUUCAUUUUUAUAAACAAAUGUAGAUACCAUUUUUUUUAUUUGAAAGACUAUUUUUGGAUUUGUAUAAUUUUAAAGUUUGUGCACUUUAUUUUUUGUAUUUUUUUUUACAUGUUCUUUCAUCACAUUCCCAGUGGGUCAGACGUUUACAUACACUCAAUUAGUAUUUGGUAGCAUUGCCUUUAAAUUGUUUAACUUGGGUCAAACGUAAAAAAAAUAUUUAAAAAAAUCUGACCCGGUAGGUGCAUUUCAAAUGGCUUUAGUUACUUAAUCCUUAGGUUAACUUAUUUUUUCUUUUUUUUUGAUGAUAUUUUAAGGUUGGAUCAACUGUUGCACAAUGUUCUCUAUGGGAAGGAUGCGUUCUAUCCUAAAAUGUGAUGUUCACUCAUUCUGUGUGUGUUGGGACUCGUAUGCAUUUGCCAUGAGAUGGUCAUCUGUAUACAAUGGUUAGCUCCUGAUUUUAAAAUACUUAUCUGAUCAUAUAAAGCUAACAUUAAUUCAGCAUGAUUUUAGAGAAUUCUCACCAAUCCAUAGAAUUUUUGGUAUCUAAAAUGAAAAUCCCUAGAUUUUAUCCCAUUGUCAUGUCACCGUAUCCAAACUCCAUGUAUAAGACGUUUGACCAAGAUGAAGCUGAUAUUGUUUGCCAAAUGAAGAUUAUGCUGAUACAAUCGGUGUAACUGGCAACGCAGAAGUCCUCUCUUCACUGUUUAAUUUGUCUUUUAAUAAAGAUUCUAAUUACACAUUGUUCUAUUUUCAUUUUAAAUGAGUGGUGGUGUUAAAUAACUAAAGUGCUAUAAAUAGUAUGAUCAUAUGCUAUUGAUUCUCAUAACUUUUGCAUAAAUUGAUUUUAUUAACAGCAGUCAAAAGUACAGCUCAAAUUCCAAAACAUCCUUAAACACCGUGCAAAAGCACAACAAAUACAUUUGACGUAACUUAAGCAAUAUUCAAAGAAGCCAAAGGAAUGGUUCUACAGCACCGUAUAAAAACAGACAUGGAAAGACUUACGGUCGUUAUCGCUCGUAUUCUACCACAAUAUUGAAAUGGAAACUAUCACAAACGUGUGCUAUUACAGUCAGAUGAACAAAACAAGUCAGUAAAAAGAUUUUGAUCGAUUAAUGCCGUCUCAUUGAUUCCAAAUGUUAUAUUAAAAGGACAAAUCGGAAUAGUUUUGACUAAACUGCAGAUUUCAUGCGACAUACUGUAGGUGUGGCGAGUGACAAAGUUUUGGAACUUAUCUGAAUGUUGAAUUGAGGCAAAAGGUUAACACUGAGUCUGUAACUAAGGAAUAUAUGUAGUAAAUAUGAGCUAAAGAAUAUACACUGCUCAAAAAAAUAAAGGGAACACUAAAAUAACACAUCCUAGAUCUGAAUGAAUGAAAUAAUGUUAUUAAAUACUUUUUUCUUUACAUAGUUGAAUGUGCUGACAACAAAAUCACACACAAAUUAUCAAUGGAAAUCAAAUUUAUCAACCCAUGGAGGUCUGGAUUUGGAGUCGCCCUCAAAAUUUAAAGUGGAAAACCACACUACAGGCUGAUCUAACUUUGGUGUAAUGUCCUUAAAACAAGUCAAAAUGAGGCUCAGUAGUGUGUGGCCUCCACAUGCCUGUAUGAACUCCCUACAACGCCUGGGCAUGCUCCUGAUGAGGUGGCGGAUGGUCUCCUGAGGUAUCUCCUCCCAGACCUGGACUAAAGCAUCCGCCAACUCCUGGACAGUCUGUGGUGCAACGUGGCGUUGGUGGAUGGAGCGAGACAUGAUGUCCCAGAUGUGCUCAAUUGGAUUCAGGUCUGGGGAACGGGCGGUCCAUAGCAUCAAUGCCUUCCUCUUGCAGGAACUGCUGACACACUCCAGCCACAUGAGGUCUAGCAUUGUCUUGCAUUAGGAGGAACCCAGGGCCAACCGCACCAGCAUAUGGUCUCACAAGGGGUCCGAGGAUCUCAUCUCGGUACCUAAUGGCAGUCAGGCUACCUCUGGCGAGCACAUGGAGGGCUGUGCGGCCCCCCAAAGAAAUGCCACCCCACACCAUGACUGACCCACCGCCAAACCGGUCAUGCUGGAGGAUGUUGCAGGCAGCAGAACGUUCUCCACGGCGUCUCCAGACUCUGUCACAUGUGCUCAGUGUGCCAGGGCGCCAGUGGCGAAUUUGCCAAUCUUGGUGUUCUCUGGCAAAUGCCAAACCUCCUGCACGGUGUUGGGUGUAAGCACAACCCCCACCUGUGGACGUCGGGCCCUCAUACCACCCUCAUGGAGUCUGUUUCUGACCGUUUGAGCAGACACAUGCACAUUUGUGGCCUGCUGGAGGUCAUUUUGCAGGGCUCUGGCAGUGCUCCUCCUGCUCCUCCUUGCACAAAGGCGGAGGUAGCAGUCCUGCUGCUGGGUUGUUGCCCUCCUACGGCCUCCUCCACGUCUCCUGAUGUACUGGCCUGUCUCCUGGUAGCGCCUCCAUGCUCUGGACACUACGCUGACAGACACAGCAAACAUUCUUGCCACAUCUCGCAUUGAUGUGCCAUCCUGGAUGAGCUGCACUACCUGAGCACUUGUGUGAGUUGUAGACUCCGUCUCAUGCUACCACUAGAGUGAAAGCACCGCCAGCAUUCAAAAGUGACCAAAACAUCAGCCAGGAAGCAUAGGAACUGAGAAGUGGUCUGUGGUCACCACCUGCAAAACCAGUCCUUUAUUGGGGGUGUCUUGCUAAUUGCCUAUAAUUUCCACCUGUUGUCUAUACCAUUUGCACAACAGCAUGUAAAAUGUAUUGUCAAUCAGUGUUGCUUCCUAAGUGGACAGUUUGAUUUCACAGAAGUGUGAUUGACUUGGAGUUACAUUGUGUUGUUUAAGUGUUCCCUUAAUUUUUUUGAGCAGUAUAUAUAUAUAUAUAUAUAUAUAUAUAUGCAGAUGGCCACCACACAAUGUAUAAUAACUCAACAAGCGAAAAGAUAAGUAAACCUUCACACAUCAACAAAAUGGCAUCAAUCAGUAAUUAAAGGUUACUUUUUUCUCUGCUGUUUUGGAAAACAGCACACAUAGUAGCUACAUACAUUUCCUGUCUUAUGUGAUUCCAGGCUUAUAGCAGUGGUGUGACACACACACUACAAUGACCAGAAGUAUGUGGACACCUGCUCGUCGAACAUCUCAUUCCAAAAAUCAUGGGCAUUAAUGUGGAGGUGGUCCCCCCUUUGCUGCUUUAACGGCUUCCACUAGAUGUUGGAACAUUGCUGCGGGGACUUGCUUCCAUUCAGCCACAACAGCAUUAGUGAGGUCGGGCACUGAUGUUGGGCGAUUAGGCCUGGCUCGCAGUCGGCGUUCCAAUUCAUACCCAAGGUGUUCGAUGGGCUUGAGAUCAGGGCUCUGUGCAGGCCAGUCUAGUUCUUCCACACCGAUCUCGACAAACCAUUUCUGUAUGGACCUUGCUUUAUGCACAGGGGUAUUGUCAUGCUGAAACAGGAAAGGGCUUUCCCCAAACUGCUGCCACAAAAUCGUCUAGAAUGUCAUUGUAUAGUGUAGUGUUUUAGAUUUCCCUUCACUGGAACUAAGGGGCCUAGCACGAACAAUGAAAAACAGCCCCAGACCAUUAUUCCACCUCCACCAAACGUUACAGUUGGAACUAUGCAUUCAUGCAGGUAGCGUUCUCCUGGCAUCCGCCAAACCCAGAUUUGUCCGUCAGACUGCCAGAUGGUGAAGCGUGAUUAAUCACUACAGAGAACACGUUUCCACUGCUCCAGAGUUCCAAUGGUGGCAAGCUUUACACCACUCCAGCCGACGCUUGGCAUUGCGCAUGGUGAUCUUAGGCUUGUGUGUGGUUGCUCGGCCAUGGAAAACCAUUUCAUGAAGCUCCCGACGAACAGUUAUUGUGCUGACGUUCCUUCCAGAGGCAGUUUGUAACUCGGUAGUGAGUUUUGUAACUCGGUUGAGUGUUGCAACCGAAGACAAUUUUUUACGCUUUAUGCGCUUCAGCAGCAGUCCCGUUCUGUGAGCUUGUGUGGCCUACCACUUCGCGGCUGAGCCAUUGUUGAUCCUAGACGUUUCCACUUCACAAUAACAGCACUUACAGUUGAUCGGGGCAGCUGUGGCAGGGCAGAAACUUGACGAAACUGACUUGUUGGAAAGGUGGCAUCCUAUGACGGUGACACGUUCAAUGUCACUGAGCUCUUCAGUAAGGCCAUUCUACUGCCAAUGUUUUUCUAUGGAGAUUGCAUGGCGGUGCGCUCAAACGUUAUACACCUGUCAGCAACGGCUGUGGCUGAAAUAGCUGAAUCCACAAAUUUGAAGGGGUAUCUACAUACCUCUGUAUAUAUAGUGUAUGUAGAAGAAGAAAAAACAUGAUCCUCUGCAAACUCACUUUUUCUUUCACUAUUGAUUAUGAAGUAAACCGAAAGACCAGCUUUGGAUAAAUGUACAUGUCAGGGUUGGAGAGAAUUUCACCUUCAUUCAAUUAAUUCAGAGGGUAAUGAAAUUCAACUCCUGGGAGAAGAAAAACGGCAUAGCAAAAGGUGGGCAUUUUUUAAAAUCUACCUAUGAAUCAAAUUUACUGAAUUAAAAUGGUACUGAACCCAAACCCCCAAUGUGCUAGGAAAAUCUUUAGAGGAAAAGUAAAUCAUUUAAAAUAAGAGAAUGAGCUCUAGUAGGAAGAGCUUUUGAAUUUGGAAAUUAGCAGACUCCCAUCAUAACAAUGGAAGAAGCAUGGCCAACCCUAGUCUGAUUCUCAUGUUCAAACUGAAACAUCUGCUGGAUUUGAUCAUGGCAUCAUAGUGUCUCCUGCAGUUAUUCUCAAGAAAGUUGACUCAAAACACACCUAGUAUCCACUGCCAGUCUGCUAACAAAAUAGAGUCAACCAAUAACAUCACUUUAGGUGUGUCUCUAAACCACAGGCAUCAUGGGUCAUCAGUCACACCACACCCCCUCUCGUCAACAGGCAUCUCUACCAGCUCCACACCACCUCUCUUCAACAGGCACCUCUACCAGCUCCACCUCUCUUCAACAGGCACCUCUACCAGCUCCACCUCUCUUCAACAGGCAUCUCUACCAGCUCCACCUCUCUUCAACAGGCAUCUCUACCAGCUCCACCUCUCUUCAACAGGCAUCUCUACCAGCUCCACCUCUCUUCAACAGGCAUCUCUACCAGCUCCAUCUCUCUUCAACAGGCAUCUCUACCAGCUCCACCUCUCUUCAACAGGCAUCUCUACCAGCUCCACCUCUCUUCAACAGGCAUCUCUACCAGCUCCACCUCUCUUCAACAGGCAUCUCUACCAGCUCCACCUCUCUUCAACAGGCAUCCUCUACCAGCUCCACCUCUCUUCAACAGGCACCUCUACCAGCUCCACUCAGCCACCUCUCUUCAACAGGCACCUCUACCAGCUCCACACCACACAGUGACAGAGACCCAGUCAGUAACAGAGACCCAGUCAGUAACAGAGACCCAGUCAGUAGCAGAGACCCAGUCAGUAAGAGACUCAGUCAGUAAGAGACCCAGUCAGUAAGAGACCCAGUCAGUAAGAGACCCAGUCAGUAAGAGAGACCCAGUCAGUAGCAGAGACCCAGUCAGUAAGAGACUCAGUCAGUAAGAGACCCAGUCAGUAAGAGACCCAGUCAGUAAGAGAGACCCAGUCAGUAACCAGUCAGUAGCAGAGACCCAGUCAGUAACCAGUCAGUAGCAGAGACCCAGUCAGUAACAGAGACCCAGUCAGUAACAGAGACCCAGUCAGUAACCAGUCAGUAAGAGACCCAGUCAGUAACAGAGACCCAGUCAGUAGCAGAGACCCAGUCAGUAACAGAGACCCAGUCAGUAACAGAGACCCAGUCAGUAAGAGACCCAGUCAGUAGCAGAGACCCAGUCAGUAGCAGAGACCCAGUCAGUAACAGAGACCCAGUCAGUAACAGAGACCCAGUCAGUAACAGAGACCCAGUCAGUAACCAGUCAGUAACAGAGACCCAGUCAGUAACAGAGACCCAGUCAGUAACAGAGACCCAGUCAGUAACCAGUCAGUAACAGAGACCCAGUCAGUAAGAGACCCAGUCAGUAACCAGUCAGUAACAGAGACCCAGUCAGUAACAGAGACCCAGUCAGUAACCAGUCAGUAACAGAGACCCAGUCAGUAACCAGUCAGUAAGAGACUCAGUCAGUAACAGAGACCCAGUCAGUAACAGAGACCCAGUCAGUAACCAGUCAGUAAGAGACCCAGUCAGUAGCAGAGACCCAGUCAGUAACAGAGACCCAGUCAGUAACAGUCAGAACAGACCAGUCAGUAACAGAGACCCAGUCAGUAACAGAGACCCAGUCAGUAACAGAGACCCAGUCAGUAACAGAGACCCAGUCAGUAGCAGAGACCCAGUCAGUAACCAGUCAGUAACAGAGACCCAGUCAGUAACAGAGACCCAGUCAGUAACAGAGACCCAGUCAGUAACCAGUCAGUAAGAGACCCAGUCAGUAGCAGAGACCCAGUCAGUAAACAGAGACCCAGUCAGUAACAGGACCCAGUCAGUAACAGAGACCCAGUCAGUACAGAGACCCAGUCAGUACAAGACCCAGUCAGUAACAGAGACCCAUCAGUAGCAGAGACCCAGUCAGUAACCAGUCAGUACAGAGACCCAGUCAGUAACAGAGACCCAGUCAGUAACGAGACCCAGUCAGUAACAGAGACCCAGUCAGUAGCAGAGACCCAGUCAGUAACCAGUCAGUAGCAGAGACCCAGUCAGUAACCAGUCAGUAGCAGAGACCCAGUCAGUAACCAGUCAGUAACAGAGACCCAGUCAGUAGCAGAGACCCAGUCAGUAACCAGUCAGUAACAGAGACCCAGUCAGUAACAGAGACCCAGUCAGUAACAGAGACCCAGUCAGUAAGAGAGACCCAGUCAGUAGCAGAGACCCAGUCAGUAAGAGACCCAGUCAGUAACCAGUCAGUAACAGAGACCCAGUCAGUAACAGAGACCCAGUCAGUAACCAGUCAGUAACCAGUCAGUAGCAGAGACCCAGUCAGUAACAGAGACCCAGUCAGUAACCAGUCAGUAACAGAGACCCAGUCAGUAACCAGUCAGUAAGAGACUCAGUCAGUAGCAGAGACCCAGUCAGUAACAGAGACCCAGUCAGUAACCAGUCAGUAGCAGAGACCCAGUCAGUAACAGAGACCCAGUCAGUAACAGAGACCCAGUCAGUAACCAGGCAGUACAGAGACCAGUCAGUACAGAGACCCAGUCAGUAACAGAGACCCAGUCAGUAACAGAGACCCAGUCAGUAACCAGUCAGUAACAGAGACCCAGUCAGUAACAGAGACCCAGUCAGUAACCAGUCAGUAACAGAGACCCAGUCAGUAGCAGAGACCCAGUCAGUAGCAGAGACCCAGUCAGUAACAGAGACCCAGUCAGUAACAGAGACCCAGUCAGUAACAGAGACCCAGUCAGUAACCAGUCAGUAGCAGAGACCCAGUCAGUAACCAGUCAGUAGCAGAGACCCAGUCAGUAACAGAGACCCAGUCAGUAACAGAGACCCAGUCAGUAACAGAGACCCAGUCAGUAACCAGUCAGUAGCAGAGACCCAGUCAGUAACCAGUCAGUAGCAGAGACCCAGUCAGUAACAGAGACCCAGUCAGUAACAGAGACCCAGUCAGUAACCAGUCAGUAACAGAGACCCAGUCAGUAACAGAGACCCAGUCAGUAACAGAGACCCAGUCAGUAACAGAGACCCAGUCAGUAACAGAGACCCAGUCAGUAACAGAGACCCAGUCAGUAACCAGUCAGUAACAGAGACCCAGUCAGUAACAGAGACCCAGUCAGUAACCAGUCAGUAACAGAGACCCAGUCAGUAGCAGAGACCCAGUCAGUAGCAGAGACCCAGUCAGUAACAGAGACCCAGUCAGUAACAGAGACCCAGUCAGUAACAGAGACCCAGUCAGUAGCAGAGACCCAGUCAGUAACAGAGACCCAGUCAGUAACCAGUCAGUAGCAGAGACUCAGUCAGGGGUUGUUGGUUUCUGCUGUGUGCUCUAUCUGUGGAGAUGUCAUUUCUCCCGACAGUACAGCAGGUACAUCUUCAGAGGCUCCGGGAGGGGCAGACAGAGAAUCCUCUCUCUCAGGAUGUUUAUAGGUGGCUCUGCCCGGAGUAGCUCCACUGACUCCUUCUCUGCUUCCUCCUCCUCCUCCUCUCCCGCCCCCCGGGCUGCCCUUCGCUGCGCCUCCUCCUCCCCCCUGUGGUUAUUGUUGUUGUCCAGGGGAGCGGGGGUAGGGAGGGCACUGCUCACCACGUGCUUGUUAGCCAGUACUACAGAGGUGCAGUGGCGGCGGUGAACGCGCCGGCGUUUAAAACGUGGGCCGUACUUGUGGAGCCCACUGACCGCCAGGCCCCUGCCUCCUCCAAAAGAGCCCCGGCCCCGUGGGUGACCCUCCCUGCUGUCCGUGGUCACUCUGAGGGUGUGGCGGAUGGCUAUACGAGCCAGCUCCUGCAGCGUCCGCACCUCAAACAUGGCUGCUCCGUGGGUCACCAGAGAGAUCAGAGAUCAGAAAGGAGACAGAAUGAUUAG